AGCCCGUCCAGUGGCCUCGCCCACGGCCAGCCCACCCUGGCUCAGCCCGGCACACUAAACUUAGCUUCCACCCCCCGCUGGAGCCACUGCCGCCGCCCCAGCCCGGCUGCCCCCGGCCUGGAAGGACACGGCCGACGGACCCCAGGCGCCCACUGCCCCGGGACCACCAUGUCCCCGACCAAAACCCUGAAGGUCCGAGUGGCCCUCCUCUGCAUCCUGGUGGGCAUCGUGCUGGCCCUGGUGGCCGUGGUGACGGACCACUGGGCCGUGCUGAGCCCCCACGUGGAGCACCACAACGCGACCUGCGAGGCGGCCCACUUCGGCCUCUGGCGGAUCUGCACGAAGCGGAUCUUCGUGGGCGACAAGGAGAGGAGCUGCGGCCCCAUCACCCUGCCCGGGGAGAAAAACUGUUCCUACUUCAGGCAUUUUAACCCAGGCGAGAGCUCGGAGAUCUUCGAAGUCACUACUCAGAAAGAGUACAGCAUCUCAGCCGCCGCCAUCGCCAUCUUCAGCCUGGGCUUCAUCAUCGUGGGCACCCUCUGCGCGCUCCUGUCCUUCCGGAAGAAGCGGGACUACCUGCUGAGGCCGGCAUCCAUGUUCUACAUCUUCGCUGGCCUCUGCCUCUCGGUGUCAGCGGAGGUCAUGCGGCAGUCUGUGCAGCGCAUGGUCGACAGCGAGCACACGGCCUGGAUCGCGCACUCCCUCGCCUGGUCCUUCAUCUGCGCCUGCGUCGCCGCAGCUCUGCUCCUGGUCGGCGGCCUCGCGCUGCUGCUCCUCGCGCUGCCGCGGAUGCCCCGCGACCCCUGGGAGUCCUGCAUGGACGCCGAGCCCGAGCACUAGUCCUGGGCCCGGGCGCGGGGCCUGCGUCGGGAGGCUGAGCCUGGGACUGGCCGGAGGUGGCGGCGUGACUUCGCGUCCCCACUGCGUGCACACGGCGCGGCGCUUCUCCGGGGCUGGCCAGCGGACACGCGGCGCGGCCCGCCUGGCCAGUGGACUCGGCCCAGCCGGCCGGGAGGGGCAGGGCGGCCGGUGCUGGGGUCCUAGGGGGUCCUCGACCGGCCUCCCCGAGGUUCCUCCGCGGCUCGCCCGCCGCCCCGGGUGCUCAGCUGUGCGAGCCGUCAGCGCCUCUCUGCUUCCUGGUCACCCGACAUCCCCUCCUUGGCUUCUGGCAGACCCGACAAGCACUUUUUAACUGGUCUGAUGGCGAUUUGAAAUAAAAACUCUUUGAAACAUG